AUGGCGGUGCAGCUGAUCGACGCGCGUGGAAAAAAAAGAACAUUAACCUCGGAAUACUUACUAGAAUUGAUAGCAGACGGAAACGAGUCUGAGAUAGAGGGUUUCGAAGAUGAGGAAUGUCAUGAAGAGGAAGGCAUUGAGGCUGUACCAGAUUGGGUGGCGGGUCAGUCGUAUUCGGACGAUGAUAUUUCUAACAGCGAGCAAGAAGAAGAAAUCACUAACAUUCAGGACCACAUGAGUAGAAAUGAUCAGCUGCCUGAUUUAUCUGGUAAUCCGCCACCUAGCGUUCGUACUCAAUCCGAGGCAGCUCAACGCAACAGGGAUCCGUCUAGGCGAAGUCUAAGGAAAUCUAUUCCAUUUGACCAAAAAGAACAUAAUUUUCCGCCACGGGAACAACAAACAAUUAGAACGCCUCUCGAAUACUUCGAGGACUAUUUUGACGAUGCAUUUUAUGAGAAAGCUAGUUACUGCACAAAUAAUUACUACUUGAAGCAAACUGGAAGGGUUCUUCAUCCUAAUCCUGUAGAAAUGAAGUUCAUUGGUGUGCAUUUUAUAAUGGGGUGCAUAACUUAUCCACGACUUCAUAUGUACUGGAGGCAAGAAAUGAGACUGGCAUUAGUAGGUGAUAUCAUUCCAAGAGACCGACUGAAGCUGUUGCGUACAAAUUUUCGUGUGUUGGAAGAGGAUAUCGCCCCCGUUGUCGCAAAUGCUUGGCGUUUAUACAAAAUACACUGCCAGACGGCUCACGUACAUAGGGGCCAAGUCUUUGACUUACUUCAAUUCAAAUUGCAAGUAGCUGAUGGUACUACCAAUACCCCUGAUCGUCCAAGGCCAGAACAAGAUCCUGUUGAAAACAUGGAAGGUUUGGAGGCUCAAGAUCCGGAAAAUGUCGACCCGAAUAUUCCUGCCAAGAGAUACCGACCGGCUAAUGUACCUUCAGAGACGAAACGUCACGAUGGUUAUGAACAUUACCCGGUAUUUGACGAGAUCGAAAACCCUCGAUCCUGUAGAAUGGAAGGGUGUACAAAAAGAUCCAAGACAAAUGCAACGUGUAUCUUUGUCUUAACAGAAAAGGCAACUGUUUCACAUCCUUUCAUAGGCAAUAAUUAG